GAAGACAGAUUGAAGGACGAUUUGAUUGGAUUUGAUCCAAAAUGUUUUUCCAAGAAAAUUAGAAUAAAUCAAAAUAAACAUGAAGAGAAAUACACAGCUAUUUGAUUUGUAUUGGGAAGAUAUAUUAGUUACUAAAGUUAUACCGAACCUAACUCUAAGAGAAUGUUUCAAUUUUCGCUGUGUAUCGAAAACCUGCUUACAAAUUAUAAAUAUGUACUUUGCGAAGCUAAAAUCAUUGAAAUUGAUGAACAAGGGAUUUUCGCCUCACACGUUUAGUGUGCUAGCACUAACUUGCAAUAGACUGACAGUGUUGAACCUAAGUCGAUGUAUGUCUAUAACAGACAAUGAUUUAAUACCAAUGUUAAUGAGAAAUCAGAAAUUAGUAACUUUAAACUUGAGCCAGUGUAAAAACUUAUCUGCAAAAUGUCUGCAGCCCGUAAUCCUAUAUUGUAAUAACUUGCAAACAUUAAAACUUGCUCGCUGUGCGUGGUUGACUACGGGGGCUGUGGAGGCAUUAGCACUACACCAGUGUAUGUUGGAGGACGUUGACUUAUCAUACUGCGUCACAAUCUCGGAGAGCUGCAUAUUAAUAUUUGUAAAGAAGUUCCGCCACUUAAAAACCUUCAACUUGGAGGGGAAUAAGCAAGUGUCGGAUAAGUGCUUGUACGCACUGUCCAAGUACAGCACUUCGUUGAAGUUACUGAACCUCAGCGGAUGCACAGAAGUCUCAGACAAGGGUGUCAAGGCCUUAGCCAAUCAUAGUGCAAACCUGGAAGGUCUACUAGUCCGAGGAUGUAUGAAGGUAACGGAGAACAGUCUGAAGCUGAUGAGGAACAGGGUGCACCUGGACCGCAAGCCUGUGGAACCUGUCCCCGUGCCCAUCUACGUCCAGGUUUGAUUCAAAGGUGGUUGCAAUAAUUGUGUUAUCAUUUUUAAAUUCUGCCAUUUUUUUAAAUAAUCUUAAAGGACAAGCUUAGUAAAGAACUCCUUUUUGUAUUAUAGUAAGAAUUUUGGCAAAUUAAAAUUGUCUUCCCAUUAAAAGAAAAUAAUUUCAUGAACAAUAUUAUUAUUCUUCUCAGUUAUAAGCUUGACCUAACUUGACCGACUAUGACGAGGUUUAAAAGAAAAGUAUAUCUAGACCGUGAAUUUUUAACCGUCUUUCAACAACCGCAGUCUAAACUAAGCCUUGAUUUUAAUAUUAUUAAUAAAAUGUAGUUUUUUUUAUUAACUUUUCCUAGUCAUUGAAUGUAUGAAUUCGGCUGCCUUUGUUUGUAAGUUAAAAAUUCACAGUUCAGAAUCUAUAUAGUUAAUUUCUAUUUUACCUGUACCUAAAUUAUUUUGGAUGGGUGUAGUUUUAAUAUUUUAUUUAUAAAUGAGAAACAUGAAGCUGUGUAACGAUAUUAUUUUAGAUACUUAUGUUUAAAAGAGAAAAUGAAUGUCUGAGUAUUAUUAUUCAAUGUGCACAAUAUUUCAUGGCAAUGUGAUAAUUUAAUAAAUAAUUUGUGGUUAGUAUUAUAGUUUUUAGGAAACAGAACAUUUAUUCAAGCCCCACAGUUGGCCCAUGGCCACUCCAAGUAGAGAAAGAAUUAAAUAUUGAACACUUUACCCUUAGUACGAGUGGUAGUGGAGCUCUGAUUGGCCGGUUCGAAUGAACAAACCAAUCAGAACGGCCAACGGGCUCUCGUUUCGAUUACUUUAAACGUAAAGCAAACUCGUACUAAGGGUACGGAAUAUCUUUUCAUAUUGGUUUUUAAAAUUACUGUUAGUAAAUACAUAAGAUUUGUAUGCAAAGUGUAAGGUGGCUCUCUUAAUGUUAAAUGUUCUGAUAUUAAAAUUGUAUAUAAUCCUAAUUUAUGUUUUUAAUAAUUAAACUUAUCUGUUGUAUAUAAGGUCUAAUUUUGAAUGUGCCAACGUUUAGGGCUCCUUGAAGCUAGUAUUUAAUUGAUAAUUGACCUUAUUUAUUUGAUAUUAUAAAUGUAGAUAAGUGUGUAAAUGGAAAAACUAUCCAUCUGUAAAUUAAACCUUAAUGUUAUGGAAAUAAUAACUAUAUUCUGGUUGUUCAGCCAUUUUAAUUAGAAUCUUUGUGGUUGUUACUCUUCUCAUUAGGAGGUAGGCAAAAUGUGUCUGUGAUUAUUUUUGACUUUGUAAUUAUGUGUGCAAUAUUAGAUUUUGAAUGUUAGGUCGGAAAUCCUGACUUGGAAUAUGUAGAUUGCUGCAAAAAUUAUUUUAAAGAUGUCAUUGGAAAGAUUUAAUCUUAUUAGAGCUGUUGUCUUUCUUACAAGUUAAAUCAUGCCCUAUGUAAUGUACUAUUCUAGUUCUGAUAAAUGUUUUUCAAAAUAAUAAAAUUGUAUCACUGAUUUAUACUUUUCAACUUUAGAUCCUAUACUGAUUUGGUAUUUUAUACAUUUCUUUACACUCCUUUUUAAAUCUCAACUUUAAAGUAUUUUGGCAUGAAAAUUAAUUGAUAUUUUAUAAAUUUCUUGAUGCCUAUUUGUUCGUAGAUUGUUGUCUAAGGCCCCAAAUGUAGACUAUUGCUGUCUUAUGCUUGCAAAAACAAAGUCACCAUUUCUUUAUACACAGUGGCAUGUCAACAACCAAUUUAUUCCUUUCCCAAGUUUAACUUCCCUCUAAAAUUAAACAGUUAUUAAAAAUGGCAUCUGAAAUAAUUAUUCAUGACUGAGGUAGCAAAACCUUCAUCUAUUGGUUAUCACAUUACAAUGACAAAUAAAAACAAAUAUUACAUAAUAAUAUGUAAGUAUUAUAUAAUAAUAAUCAUUGUCUUCAUCGCGAGUGUAUAUAAACUCAUUUGUGUGAGAAAGCGUUGUAAAUCCAUUCCGUUGCGGAUUUGUCUUAAAUUUUGUACAUAUUAUAUAAAUAUUUUUUAAUGUUUUAGCUAACUUAAAACAAUGUAUCAUUUUUGAAAAGUUAAGCUUUGUCUCUUUUGCCCUAAUUAUAUUGGAGUUUAAGCUUUGUCUCUUUUGCCCUAAUUAUAUUGGAGUAACUAUAAACUACAUAUUGGGGCAAAAUCGUCUUAAUUCGUUCAUAAAUCAUUUAUUUAUCCCGCCUAUCGUGAUAAAAAGAAAAUUCAAAAAAAUAUCAACAUUUCCAGGCCAUUGAGUUGUUAAUAAUUUAGUUUUAGUAAUUCAACUUUAAUAUUUUUAAGAGAGGAAGUGUAUUGCGUAAAUAAAAACUUGCCAUAGUGAUAAUAAUGAUUGAUGCUUUGCUUUCUUUUUGGACCAAAUAAUAAUUAAUGUAUCUAAAUACUAUUGUAAGUAAUACUUAUUAUUUUCAUACACCUAUCAUUUAAAUAUAAUUUCAUAUUUUGUGUUAUUGACUGUUUUAUUUUAUAUUUAAACUAUGUACUAUAAAGAUCUUCCAUUGUAUGUUUGUCUUAAAAUUGUAGUGAUGGUUGUCUUCUGUGGCCAACACAAUUUUCAUAACAUAUUGUUACAUGAAUGUACCUAAAUAGAUGUAAAUUAAUGUUGUGUAUACCUGUUUGUAGAAUAUAUUUUUGUUGCGUAACAUUGUUUUACUUUAAUAUUUGAAAAAUAAGCUAUAGAUUUCCAUAAAUUGA